AAGCAAUGAUAAGCAGCUUUAUGAGAUCAGUGACUUGGCGUGCACAAUUCAAAAUGGCGGUUUUUUAGGAGUGAAAUUUUCAAAAAGACAAAUAUAUUUUUAGUUUUUAUCGCUAUUUAAUAGCCUAUAUAUUUUAAUUGACAGCAUGGCAAGAAAGCUGACUUCACCGAGUUCAGGUCAAUACUUUUUACUGUAAAAUAAUGUGCAAUAAAGCCACUUGAUUUAUAUGUUCUUGAAAGUUGAAAUAUAAUAUUCAAUUUAUAUAUCCAUACAAUAGAUUUUUUGUGAUUUAUAUAUAGAAUUAGAUCCAUCAUUGCUGAGCUUUGAAAGGCUUGACCGUUCUUCUCCAGAUCUAUGGCCUGAUCAGAGUAAGUUCCAGUGCACUGUGGCACUAAAUUAAUUCAUUGAAAACAGCCAAAAGACUAAUAAUAUCUCAUAUUUAUUUGCAGUGCCUGGUGUGUCAGACUUUGCAGAAUUACGAUCAAGUGUAAGUUGAAUCAGAUGCUGUGUCGAUAUUUGUUAAUAAACUGACCACUGUGGAAAGUUUGUAUCGCACAACCGAGAUCUUAGGCAUACAGUUUUGAUGUACAUACAUAUAGUUCUUUCCCCUCAAACGGUUGCCAAAACAGCCUGUUUCAUCCACGAAGAAUCAUCAGGAGAUCCACGAGGAAUCGUCAGGUGGCUCCUGAUGAUUCCUCUUGGAUGAAAUAGGUUGUUGUGGCAACAUUUCGAGGUAAAACGACUAUUUCUGCUCUAUAUGAUAUCAAGCACUCUUUGGCAUUUUGUGAACCAAACCACAUUUGUAUAUAACACAUAAGUAAAAUUGUCUGCCAUAUAAUUAAACAAAAUAAAAACAAACUAGUUUGUAUUAGGGUGCAUUGCAGCAUAAUGGGUUAACUUUUUAAGUGGCAAUGUGCCCGACUUUAUUAUCUUACUCUGUCUAAUGCCGGAUGAUUUUUCUCAUUAAGGAGAGAGCACUACCACUCAAUGGGUUAAUCAGACUGUUUGCCCAUGCACUCUGUUAACAAGAGCCAUAAUGGACCUAUUACCUAAUAAACAAAAUUUUGAUCUAGACAAACAUUUCAUCACAGCUUGAAAGAGCAUCACAAAAUUAGUAAUAUUCCAAAGUUUUGUUGCAAAAUGUUGUAAAAUGCGGAUAAUAUAGCCCUGCAAAAUUUCCGUUUUUCAGUCAUUUUGUAUUUAUACGCACGAGAAAUUGAUAUCGCUUUCUGAAAAAGGUAUCAAUUUCCUGCUCAUAAUACAAAAUGACUGAAAAACGGCAAACUUUGCAGGGCUAUAUUAUCCGCAUUUUACAACAUUUCACAACGAAACUUUGGAAUAUUACUAAUUUUGCGAUGCUCUUUCAAGCUGUGGUGAAAUGUUUGUCUAGACUUGUCUAGAUCAAAAUUUUGUUCAUUAUAGGGAAUAGGUCCAUUGGAUCUGGGCCAAUCAAGUUCUGAGUCACUUUUGUUAAACCCUAUAGCCUUAUCCAGGUUCGACUGGGGAAACAAAAUUAUCAACUGGCUUUUCUGAUGGUGAUAUGGAUUUAUUACAAGGUUUGUAUAAAACACCCCAAAUUAUUAAUAUAAUAAUAUGUAUAUAUAAUUAGCUAAGUUUUAUUCCGUCUGUGUAGAGUUUGGUAGUUUGACAACAGCACAAUUGAUGGAAAAGGUCAGAGGACUUCAAAAUUUGGCUUAUCAGCUUGGCUUAGAAGAAGGUAUGUUACUGAAUAUUAGAGUAGAGAGGUUAAUUGGUAACUAAUAAUUGUUACCAAUCAGAUGCAUUUAUUCUGCCCAAUUAACCAAUCAAAUGAAUAAUAAACCUGUGAGUGUGAGAGGUAGCUGUAGUGGUAAUCAGAUCUGAAGCUCAGUCCAUCACUGAAUAAGGAAUAUUUCUGGGUCUAGACUGUUCAACUUUUAAUCAUUUAUAUUUUGUAUUUAGCUCUCAUUUUCUUUCCUUUUUUCUAGCAAGAGAAAUGACCAGAGGGAAGUUUUUGAAUAUUCUGCAGAAAAGUCAAAGAAAUACCCGACAAAAACAUUAAUGAAACAUUAUGUUCCAUAGAACUGUCCUAACUAUGCAUGACAUGUAUAUAUUAAUAUAAAGUUUCAGUAAAAUAAUAUUAUUAUUUAAUAUACAAUUUCAGUUUCAUAAAGUUUCAGACGUAAAGUUUUAAAGCCAUUUAAGCAACUGAUCAGUCAUAGUGUAAAUUACACAAGACAAACUAUCCAGGCACACUAGGGUGAUCUACACUGGCAUCAAAAGGUUCUGUUCAUCUAAUGCUGUAUUUACUGUUUUACACACUUUCAUUUCAUUUCAUUGACUUUAUUUACAGAGGGUAAUACAUGACAGUAAGCGUGAGCUACUGAUAAAUUAGUGGCCCUCAUAAACUAUAUUACAACUAUAUAAACAAGAAAUGAUUAAUGUAACAAAGUACAGUAUCAUCCUAACGGGCAUCUGUCAAUAAGUCAUUAAAAUAGUAUUAAAAUAGUUAUAAUAAAAUAUUAUACAAG